AUGGAGGAAUUGGAAUCUAAAUGGGAUCAUCUCAGCCUCACGGAGGAGGAGAAUUUCAUUAUUGAGCUUGAACCUGCAAGUGUGGAUCUAUCUGAGGAAAGAGGAGCUAGGAGUCUAGUAGGGAGGCUGUGGGCUGAACGUAGGGUGGGGAAGGAGGUUAUUAGAUCUACCAUGGCAAAGAUAUGGAGAGUAGGAAGGGGAUUUGGUUUCCAAGAAAUUGCAACUAACCUGUUUGUUAUAAUGUUCGAGAACCAGGAGGACAAACUAAGAAUUCUGGAAGGUAGACCUUGGCUGUUCGAUAACUGGCUAUUUGUAUUGAAACCAUUAGAUGCCUUUGUUCCCCCUCAGCGGAUGAACUUUGAUAAGGAAGUUUUUUGGGUGAGGUUGAACAAUUUGCCUCUUGCUAUUAUGAACCGAGAGAUUGGCAAGCAAUUAGGGGGUUCGUUGGGUGAAGUUUUGGAUGUUGAUGUCAAGGAGGAUGGUACAGGGUGGGGAGUAUUCUUACGAGUUAGAAUAGAGCUAAUACUGAUGAGGCCUAUUGCGAGAGGAAGAACUGUUAACUUGCUAGGACAAAAGCACUGGAUCCCACUGAAAUAUGAAAAGCUACCUAAGAUUUGUUUUAAAUGUGGGUGA